AUGGCAGAAGAAGUUCCCAAUAGCAGCAACACGGUACCAAUCGUAGGACCUGAGUUUGCUCGUCCUCAACCAUCGGAUCUAACUAUCAUCGGAGAUACAGUGAAGGACACGGACGGAAACAAAGUGUUCAAAGUCAAAACACCUCUCUUCGGUCUACACAACAAAAGGAUUUUGGUUGAUUCUAAUGACUCUCCCAUUGUCACCAUGAAAAUGAAGGUGACUAGUAAGCACGAUCGAUGGCAAGUGUACAGAGGAAGUGAUUUAGAUGAUAAAAUCUUCACGGUUAAAAGACCUUCAACGGUUCAACUGAAGACAAGAGUUGAAGUAUUCUUGAAACAGAACCAAACCAGAGAAGUGUCUUGUGAUUUCACAAUUAAAGGCCGGUUUAUGAAACGUGCAUGUAGAAUCUAUGUUGGCGAUUCCACGAAAAUCAUCGCUCAGGUACAUGAAGGAGAUGAUAGAUUAGUGGCUACAAUUUACCCUAAUGUCGACAGCGCUUUUAUUGUUACACUGAUCUUUAUAUUCGACCUCAUUAAUAUGGCUGGGACUGGGAUCUGA